GCCACGGCAAUCGGAGGACAGAAUAAAUCUCAACCACGGCACCGUGUUUGCUUCUGCUACUAUCGACGCUCCCUGGAGAGAUCGGAGAAUCGGACUCAUCCUCUCCUCCCUUUCUGUAACCGUAUUUCUGCCAUUUCCGUUUUUCUCUCACACAUCCAGUCCAGGAUAUACCAUGAUUUGUGUAAAUUUGAAUAUGAAAUUUAAGAUUUUGAAAUUGGAUACAAGAUGCAUGAUAGGAUUAGGUUGAAUCCUUAUCCAUUAACCUCUUGCUCAAAAAAUGCUGCUAAGGGAGGUCAGAAGAAAGGAAAAUGCUCCAAAGGUUUGGAGAAGAAAGAUUGGGAAGGUGCAACAUGCCCUGUUUGUCUGGAGUUCCCUCACAAUGCUGUUCUUCUCCUCUGUGCCUCUUAUCACAAGGGUUGCCGCCCUUAUAUGUGCGCAACUAGUAGACGUUUUUCCAAUUGUCUUGAGCAAUACAAGAAAGCUUACACAAAAGUUACUUCGAUGAACAAUGGGUCAGUGGAUAUUUUAGGUGCAGAUGAGGGUGAUAAGAAGCUGGAAGUGCCAGAGCUCUUAUGUCCACUAUGUCGUGGACAGGUGAAGGGUUGGACAGUGGUUGAACCAGCCCGAAAACAUUUAAACAGAAAAAGAAGAACCUGUAUGCAAGAGAAGUGCUCGUUUGUUGGAACUUACAAGGAGCUGAAGAAACAUGUCAAAACAAAGCACCCGUUGGCACAGCCUCGGGCUGUGGAUCCUGCACUUGAAGAAAAAUGGAAAAAGCUUGAACAUGAAAGAGAGCGGAAUGAUGUGAUUAGCACAAUUAUGUCAUCAACACCAGGUGCAUUGUUAUUGGGAGAUUAUGUGAUUGAGCCAGGAUACCAUGGUAUUUAUGAAGAGGAAUACGAUUCAGAUGAUUCAGAUGACUCCCUUGAUGAUGGUUAUUUCCAUUUGGAGUCAUUUAACCGAAGACAGAAUCGCAGCAUUCGCUACUAUGAUAUAUUUGAUGGGGAUGACUUUGGAAUGCAGCAUGUAUUCCGUGCUGUUUCCCCUGGUGGGCGUUCCCAGCACGGUCAGCUGUUGGGGGCAGCACCACUUAGGAGACUCCCAAGAGUUAGAAGACGUUCUGGAGGCCGAUAAUUCCUGUGGUGAAUCUACAAUCAAAGGCUCUUUAUAUGGUUGCUAUGUCCUUCAGAUGGUGGUAGAUAACUUGUUUUGAUGGAUAGCAGGAUGCAAAGAGAUUGUAGAAGAAAAAACAAAAUAGGGUUGCUUAGGGGUUUAGGUUUUGAGGAGAACCAAGGUAUUUUAGCUUUCAGUUCCCUCUUAUAUGUAUGGAUUGAUUGUUAUUAUUAUUAUUAUUAUUAUUAUUAUUGGGUCGUGUAUGGUAGUUAUUUUAGCAGCAUAAAAUUACAAGAGCAUUGUCUCAUGUACGCUAUACUAAAAUUUUGGCAACUGUCCAUGUUGUCUAUUGAUUGUCAGUGAUUAUCCU